AGAGGGACCAAGGACAUAUGGGCCUCAAACAACAGUCUAGGGCAGGGGUGGGCAACUGUGGCCCUCCAGCUGUUGUAGAACUACAAGUCCCAUGAGGCAUUGCAAAACUGACAGUUACAAGCAUGACUCCCAAAGGCAGAGGCAUGAUGGGACUUGUAGUUCACCAACAGCUGGAGGGCCAUAGUUGCCCACCCCUGCUGUUGUAGAAGUCCCAUGAGGCAUUGCAAAACUGACAGUUACAAGCAUGACUCCCAAAGGCAGAGGCAUGAUGGGACUUGUAGUUCACCAACAGCUGGAGGGCCGCAGUUGCCCACCCCUGCUAUAUACUAUAGAAAAAGCUUGGAGUAACUGUCUCUUCCCAGAGCUGCAUCAUGCAUGCAUCUGCUCUGAUUGUCUGUGCCACACCGCAAAAGCAGGCGGGACCCAUGGU